AUGGCUUCCAGCUCCAGCUUCCGGACAUGGCAUUGCUUGCUUGCCCUCUUCCUCCUCUCCUCGGCGGCCUAUGGGCAGCUCUCGCCAUCAUUCUACGCGAAGAGCUGCCCAUCGCUUGAGCUCAUCGUGCGUGCCACCAUGAUCAAGGCUCUCCUCGCCGAGCGCCGAAUGGGGGCGUCCCUCCUUAGGCUCCACUUCCAUGACUGCUUUGUUCAAGGCUGCGACGGGUCCAUUCUCUUGGAUGACGUGGGUAGCUUCGUGGGCGAGAAGACGGCCUUUCCGAACGUGAACUCAGUGCGGGGCUACGAGGUGAUCGAUGAGAUCAAGAGGAACGUGGAGCUGGCCUGCCCUGGCGUCGUCUCCUGCGCCGACAUCGCCGCCCUCGCAGCACGGGACGGCGUCUUUCUGCUUGGUGGGCCCAGCUGGGCGGUGCCGCUUGGCCACCGGGACUCGACGACGGCCAGCCUGACUCAGGCGAACAGCGACCUCCCAGGGCCCACCUUAAACCUGGACCAGCUCAUCGCCGCGUUCGCCAAGAAGCAGCUGAGCCCGCGGGACCUCACGGCGCUGUCCGGCACCCACACCAUUGGCUUCUCGCAGUGCCUCAACUUCCGCGACCACAUCUACAACGGCACCAACAUCGACCCGGCGUUCGCCACGCUGCGCAAGGGCGCCUGCCCCGCCCAGGCCCCUAACGGCGACACCAACCUGGCGCCGCUAGACGUGCAGACGCCGCUCGUCUUCGACAACGCCUACUAUCGCAACCUGGUGGCCAAGCGCGGCCUGCUCAACUCCGACCAGGUGCUCUUCAACGGCGGCUCCCAGGAUGCGCUGGUGCGCCAGUACGCCGCCAACCCGGCGUUGUUCGCCUCCGACUUGGUGACGGCCAUGAUCAAGAUGGCGAGCCUCACCCCGCCCAGCGGAACCCCCACCCAGAUUAGGCGUAACUGCAGGGUCGUCAACAGCUGA